CUCCCUUCCUCCUGCCAAAGUUAAUUUUUCGCUGGGACUUUGUUUGAUCAGACUUAUAAACGGAGGAAGAGUGAGAUCAACGCAAUGACACUUGCAAUGCGUGUGUCAUUAGUGAGGACCUGCCUGAUGGUGAUCGUCCUUCAAGCGUUGGCGUCCGCUGAGGUGAACACCACCGAACCUUCCCAGACGAAUUCCACGAAGACCUUGCAGUCAACCCCGACGCCUUUAGAUACAACGACACAGGGACUGACACAGACGCCGGCAAGCAGUCCUACCCAGCCACCGAAGAAGACCGAAGACGUUCCUCCCGGGCAGUCGAAGAACAGCACUCAUCAGUCAGAGGAACCAACUCAGCAGCAACAGCCCACGGCACAGCCCUCUGCAUCGACGGAACCCACCGCUCAGAGGCCAAAGCCUUCGUCAGCGCCCUCGGGUCACAACGCCUCGCUAGAUGAAUCGACUCAACCUCAGUCACUGCGUGCACCACAAGGUCGUGCUCUGCCCCGGCGAGAGGACCCAGCUCCUCGAAAGCGUUCGUUACUUCCCAACAGACGGGGUCAAGGCCGACCUCAGCAUAACUCAGGCUUAGGGUCUUCUCCCCAGCCUUCUAAUGGACCUCAUGGACACACAGGGGGCGGCCAGAAUGCGCAAGGUGGAAAGGAACCCGCGACUCCGUACUCCUUCUCGUACUCCGUGCUGGACCCCGAGCGCGGAGCCGACUUCGGCCACGAGGAGGCGAGCGACGGGAGCGUGGUCACCGGCCAGUACUACGUCCUGCUGCCCGACGGGCGCCGGCAGACCGUUAACUACGAAGCGGACCACACUAAGGGAUACAUGUCUGAAGUCGAGUACAACGAUGAGAAGCCUGGAGGUAGGCCUACAGGGGGCUCGGGCGGUUCAAGCGGUUCGUACCAAGCACCAGUUAACGGGGGAAAUCGGUUCAGGUUGCCGACUGGAAGCAGCAACCAAAUCCAAACGAGACCGAGUAAUAUCAACCAGUACCAGCCACCGGUGGGAAGUACCAACAACAAGAACCAACCUCCUUCAAGUAAUAAUAACAUCAAGUUCCAGAAACCUUCGGGAGUCAACAGCCCAACCCAACUUUCAGCGGGUGGUAGCAAUCGGUAUCAGGCACCCAAAAGAGGAGGCAACCGAAACCAACCUCCUAAAGACAUUGGCAACCAGUACCAGCCUCCACAAAAUACCGGAAGUCAGCCUCCCAAGUCUACCAUUACCAAGCUUAAACCUUCAAAAGACUUGGGCAACAAAUUGCAGUCUUCGCAAAAUGCUGGAAACCAAUACCAACCCCCCAAAGUCAGUGGGAAUCAGCACCGGCCACCACAGGGAGAUAGCAACCAAUACCAACCGCCCCAAGACGUUGGCAACAAGAAUCAACCACCAAAGGACAUUGGCAACCAAAAUCAACCACCACUGGAUAUUGGCAACCAAUACCAACCACCACAAGAAGUUGGCAACCAAUACCAACCACCACAGGAAGUUGGCAACCAAUACCAACCACCACAAGAAGUUGGCAACCAAUACCAACCACCACAACAGGUUGGCAACCAAUAUCAGCCACCACAGGAAGUUGGUAACCAGUACCGUCCACCACAGGAAGUUGGUAACCAGUACCGUCCACCACAGGAAGUUGGUAACCAGUACCAGCUACCACAAGAAGUUGGCAACCAAUACCAACCACCACAAGAAGUUGGCAACCAGUAUCAGCCUCCACAGGAAGUUGGUAACCAGUACCGUCCACCACAGGAAGUUGGCAACCAGUAUCAGCCUCCACAGGAAGUUGGUAACCAGUACCGUCCACCACAGGAAGUUGGCAACCAGUAUCAGCCUCCACAGGAAGUUGGCAACCAAUACCAACCACCACAGGAAGUUGGCAACCAAUACCAACCACCACAAGAAGUUGGCAACCAAUACCAACCACCACAAGAAGUUGGCAACCAGUACCAGCCACCACAAGAAGUUGGCAACCAAUACCAACCACCACAAGAAGUUGGAAACCAAUACCAACCACCACAAGAAGUUGGAAACCAAUACCAACCACCACAAGAAGUUGGAAACCAAUACCAACCACCACAAGAAGUUGGAAACCAAUACCAACCACCACAAGAAGUUGGCAACCAGUACCAGCCACCACAAGACAUAGGUAACCAAUACCAGCCACCACAGGAAGUUAGCAACCAAUACCAACCACCACAGGAAGUUGGCAACCAAUACCAACCACCACAGGAAGUUGGCAACCAAUACCAACCACCACAGGAAGUUGGCAACCAAUAUCAGCCUCCACAGGAAGUUGGCAACCAAUACCAACCACCACAGGAAGUUGGCAACCAAUACCAACCACCACAGGAAGUUGGCAACCAAUACCAACCACCACAGGAAGUUGGUAACCAAUAUCAGCCUCCACAGGAAGUUGGCAACCAGUACCAACCACCACAGGAAGUUGGCAACCAAUACCAACCACCACAGGAAGUUGGUAACCAAUAUCAGCCUCCACAGGAAGUUGGCAACCAGUACCAACCACCACAGGAAGUUGGCAACCAAUACCAACCACCACAGGAAGUUGGCAACCAAUACCAACCACCACAGAAAGUUGGUAACCAAUACCAGCCACCACAGGAAGUUGGUAACCAAUACCAGCCUCCACAGGAAAUUGGCAACCAAUAUCAACCACCACAGGAAGUUGGCAACCAAUAUCAACCACCACAGGAAGUUGGCAACCAAUAUCAACCACCACAGGAUAUUGAUAACCAAUACCGGCCACCACAGGAAGUUGGCAACCAAUACCAACCACCAGAGGAAGUUGGUAACCAAUACCAGCCACCACAGGAAGUUGGUAACCAAUACCAGCCUCCACAGGAAAUUGGCAACCAAUAUCAACCACCACAGGAAGUUGGCAACCAAUACCAACCACCACAGGAAGUUGGUAACCAAUACCGGCCACCACAGGAAGUUGGCAACCAGUAUCAGCCUCCACAGGAAGUUGGCAACCACUUCCAACCACCACAGGAAGUUGGCAACCAAUACCAACCACCACAGGACAUAGGCAACCAAUAUCAACCACCACAAGACGCUGGGAAGCCGUACCAUCUCCCUCCGGUAGUCAAUACCCACUACUCAGCUCCUAGAAACAUCGAAGCCCAAUACCAAGGCCAAAGAAGCGACGCGAAUCGAUACCAGAAUUCGAGAGCAAGGAAACAAGACAGUUCCUCGGAUUGCAAAUGAACAAUAUUACGUUAUAUGUUGCCACGUUCCUCUCUCUGUCCUUUCGGCCUUAGAUACGUCGAUCGUCUUCAAUGUUGCCAAAUUAUAACCAUUCUGCUGUUUCUGUGUUGUUCUGUUUUGUAGAGUAUUUAACUGGAUAUUGAAGUGAAUGUCUCUGUCUGUGUUGGAUAUUGUGUGUAUAUAUAUUAUAUUGUAUGUAGAAUUAUCGUAAAGUUAUUGCAAUAAUAAAAAAUCAACAGAA